AUGAAGCGCCAGGGAACCAUGCAUUCCCCCCGGGCUGGGCUCUCGCGUGUCCGGAGUCCGAUCAGAUCAACCAGCGACCGGUUUACGGAACAAGGAGUUAAGCAAGGGCCAGGAUAUUUGUGGAAGAACCUGGCCGAAGUUAGUAUUGUGUUCAACUCCGCAGGUUGGCUGGUUGGAAGGAUUGCUUUCUGCCAUCUGUCUUUCCUUUCUCUCUCUUCUCUUAGCAAAGAAAGUAGAAAAAAGUCAAACUUUUGGCUUGCUACAAGCUGGGCUCGGGUUUCUGGCUUGGAAAAAGCUUCCCCUGUAGUCGUCAGCUAG